GUAUAAUAGAUUACUGCAAGGGGUAAUAAAAUGAAAGUCGCCAUUAUCUUUUUAACUGUGAGCAUUUUGCUCAUACAGGUUAAAAAUGUGAAAGCAAAUAACGACUGGAAUAGUAUGACAGAUGGUCCAUGUGAGGAGAUAAUACCCGGAUCUGGAGGGGACACUAUAUACUACCCAGAUCCAGUGCAACCCUGUGAACCUGACGACAACCCGACUACUCCAAAACCCAGACACAAAACUAAAAGGCCCAAAUCUACGCGUAAAACAACCAAACGAACUAAACGUCCUCCCAGAAGGAAUACCAAAAGGCCCACUAAAAGGUCCACCAAAACCCCGGAUUCAACAGAUGCCCCUAUAACGACCACGGAUGCGGAGUGCACAUGCUCCGACACAACAACUGUGACAUGCACGGACUCGACGACUCCAUUGUGUACCGAUGCUCCUCCUUGCACCUGUUCUGAAGAACCUUCUACUGCAAUACCCAGUUCUCCUUGCACAUGUACUGAAGAAACCACUACACAAACACCAACGUGUUCCACCCAAGGAACCCCAACAACCCCCUGCACAUGUGCCCCAACCACUACCACAACAAAAUGCACAACAACAACUUCCACUUGUGCCCCAACGACAACUACACCUAGAUGCACUACAACAACUUCCACUUGUGCCCCAACGACAACUACUCCUAGAUGCACACCAACAACUUCUACAUGUGCCCCAACGACAACUACUCCUAGAUGCACUACAACAACUACCACAAGGCGCCCAACGACAACUACUCCUACAUGCACUACAACAACUACCACUUGUGCCCCAACGACAACUACACGUAGAUGCACAACAACAACUUCUACUUGUGCCCCAACGACAACUACACCUAGAUGCACUACAACAUCUUCCACUUGUGCCCCAACGACUACUACUCCUAGAUGCACACGAACAACUUCUACAUGUGCCCCAACGACAACUACUCCUAGAUGCACUACAACUACCACAAGGCGCCCAACGACAACUACUCCUACAUGCACUACAACAACUUCCACUUGUGCCCCAACGACAACUACUCCUAGAUGCAUACCAACUACUUCUACUUGUGCCCCAACGACAACUACUCCUAGAUGCACUACAACAACUACCACAAGGCGCCCAACGACAACUACUCCUACAUGCACUACAACAACUUCCACUUGUGCCCCAACGACAACUACUCCUAGAUGCACACCAACAACUUCUACUUGUGCCCCAACGACAACUACACCUAGAUGCACUACAACAUCUUCCACUUGUGCCCCAACGACUACUACUCCUAGAUGCACACCAACAACUUCUACAUGUGCCCCAACGACAACUACUCCUAGAUGCACUACAACUACCACAAGGCGCCCAACGACAACUACUCCUACAUGCACUACAACAACUUCCACUUGUGCCCCAACGACAACUACUCCUAGAUGCACACCAACAACUUCUACUUGCGCCCCAACGACAACUACUCCUAGAUGCACUACAACAACUACCACAAGGCGCCCAACGACAACUACUCCUACAUGCACUACAACAACUACCACUUGUGCCCCAACGACAACUACACCUAGAUGCACAACAACAACUUCCACUUGUGCGCCAACGACAACUACUCCUAGAUGCACACCAACAACUUCUACUUGUGCCCCAACGACAACUACACCUAGAUGCACUACAACAACUACCACAAGGCGCCCAACGACAACUACUCCUACAUGCACUACAACAACUACCACUUGUGCCCCAACGACAACUACACCUAGAUGCACUACAAAAUCUUCCACUUGUGCCCCAACGACUACUACUCCUAGAUGCACACCAACAACUUCUACUUGUGCCCCAACGACAACUACUCCUAGAUGCACUACAACAACUACCACAAGGCGCCCAACGACAACUACUCCUACAUGCACUACAACAACUUCCACUUGUGCCCCAACGACAACUACACCUAGAUGCGCAACAACAACUUCCACUUGUGCCCCAACGACAACUACUCCUAGAUGCAUUACAACGACUUCCACAUGUGCUCCAACCACAACCACACCUUGUCCAACUACAACACCAUCAACAAGUCCUACAAGAACAACACGUCGUCCUUGUCCUUGCCAUCCCCAGCCUCCUUACCAGAUUCCUCCUUGGUCAUGGUGGUAUCCUUACUCGAUAUACCCCAAUCCCGUGUGGCCCUGGCAACCUAACCCAGUUGUUCCUCAAUGGCCACAGAUGCCCGGAUAUCCAAAUCAGUGGCCACAAUUACCAGGUAAUCCCCAGCACUUACCACCGCCGUUGCCAUCUCCUCAGUGGCCCUGGUCUUGGCCAAAACCACCAGUAGUUCACCCUAAACCUGUCGACUGUGAAAACAUAUGCGAAAACCUACUGAAGGGAGUAAAAUAUCAAGAAGAUCUCAUCAGAAGGUGCUUGUGCACACGAACGUAAUCCUUUAAA